GAGAAAAGCGAAGUGACGGUUUUGGCGCGCGUACACGACUCUUGUCCGCGACCGGCAGAUGGCCGGCGCGCCGGUACGUUAUAGGCGCGCGUCCACGAACGCACCGACACAUGACAGGGCGCCUAAGCACGGUACACCACCACGGUGACACGGGCCCGUUCAAGAACGUACCGAGACAGUGGUAAAAGGCCACCACCACCGCCACACGACGACACGACCGUGUGCCGUUCGCGGAGCGCAGAGUAGACCGCGCACGGACACGCGGUUCGGUGUUACUACUACCGGCACAGGCGGGUCUAUCUGCCUUGUAGCCCGAGCCAGUUGCCAGCGCGCCAGCCAGCCCCGUCCAUCCAAUCGCCCAGCUCACGAGCCGGCCUCGUGUGCGCGCGCGACACCCCGGGACAGAAAAGGUUCGUUUUCCUCGCCGGUGACUCGACCGAUCAUGCCAAGGCGGGGCUUAUCGUGAACACUAGAACCUCCACGUUCCCUGGAGCCUGAAAACACAUCGAUCCGACGAACCGCUCGGCCCCUGCACUCGAUUAUUUCGGGCCCUCGGUCUGCUUUGGCUGUCGUUCCUAUUACCGAGAUCUCCUCGGCCCCGCAGAAAAUGGACACCGCACCAGUGCGGUAGAAAGACAAAGUGAAACAGAGAGAUAUAUAGGAAAGAGAAAGAAAGUGAGAGCGAGAGAAACCCACACACACACACACGUAUACACAUACACACAAACGAUUCGACACAGGGGAAGAGGGAGAGAGAGAGAGAAAUAAAGGCCACGCAACUACAACGAGCAGAGGAACCGCCGACGACCACGGAUAUAGUUCCCAAGAAGGAGAGACAUAGGGAGAGAAAAACGUGACAGGGUGAGGGAGUAAAUCGUAUAUAUAGUGUGCAUGAUAUCCAGGAGCAAAAAGCAAGAGAAACUUCGGUGUACGUCGGGCCUCGGUAGGGCCGGGUUUAACUGAACCGUCGGUUCCGGACCACAUUUUUACCUGUCCUGUCAUCGUCGACAGACCUCAGUGAAAAUCUCGUCUAGAAGCAUCGACAACGGUCACGGCCGCAACGGCAACGUAUUCGCUGUCGAGCAGGCAAAAGGAUAUGCCUCGCUCGCUGGUGCUGUGACACGCGCCGCGCCGUGUGCUGGCCGAACCUCCCGGAAGAGAGCGUUGAGCCUCCGUCUCAAAAUACGUGUGCGGUUUUGUAUCGCACGCUCGAGAGCCAAAUUCUUGUAAACUACAAAAAUGCCUCGAGUAAGGAGACAAGUGGUCUUGGAAGAUCCUGCCAGACCUGUUACACCAGAUAUGGUAGAGACCAAAUUAAUAAAAACAGAAUUUUUGGACGAUGGCACGUUGGACGAAGUACAAGCACAAAAGGUGGCUGAAGAGACACCAAGCCCUCAUCUUCAAGACCACCAAUAUGGACAAACACCUUGUUAUCAAGUGACAAGGAAACCUACACAGCCACCACCUCGAACUGAACAGAUUUCAGUUCAGGCAGUGAAACGAAGACUGAAUUUGGAAAUGGGAACAACAGGUCCCAGCCAAUCCGCCUUUAAGGCUCCUAGAGGUAAACGUAGGAGAUCUGGAUCGAGUUCUAUAACUGGCCACACACCUACCAAAAGUAAAACAGUGGAAAGGACACGAUAUGAUACAUCACUGAGCUUACUUACAAAAAAAUUCAUACACUUAGUAGAAAGUAGUCAGGACGGUGUUGUAGAUUUGAAUGUAGCAUCUGAAAAAUUGGAAGUACAGAAACGUCGUAUAUACGAUAUCACAAACGUAUUAGAAGGCAUAGGAAUCUUGGAGAAAAAAAGUAAAAACAAUAUACAAUGGAAAGGGGGUCAGUUACCAAACGACAGGAACGAUAUCGCUGAUCUCAGACGAGAAGUGGCGGAUUUAGAAGCUAAGGAAAACACUUUGGAUCGCCUAAUUCACGGCGCAGAUAAAAACCUUAGGGAACUGUGUGCGGAUAGGCAGUAUGCUUAUGUAACGUACCAUGAUUUACGUUCCGUUCCAAUGUACAAAGACCAGGCUAUCAUGGCGGUGAAGGCGCCGCCAGAAGCUACUCUACAUGUUCCACAGCCUAUCAAUAAUCUUGGUCAACAAAAGCUUCAAAUGCACAUGAGGUCAUCUCAUGGCGAAAUAGAGGUAUUCCUCUGUCCUGAUGACCCUACAGCAAAAUCGUCACCCAAUCCGGGAUACACGACGUCGCAAUCUGUGCCUUCGUCAAAAGAAUCUGAUAUACCUUAUUUGCCUCCUGAACUGUUGGCCAGUGGAGGAAAUAGUGUCCGGGUAGAACCAGUACCUUCUGUCGACAAUUCGUUGAAUACUCGUUUAUGCACUCCGACUGCAUCAGCGAGGGACGCGCUGUUAUGUGAAUCUGAUGAUUAUGGACCAAUGGGAGGAGGCAAAUUCCAACUACAAACAGAGGAUCAAAUUAGCACUUCAGAUCUAACACUUCUUGAUUUCGGAGAACACCUGCUGUCCCUGGAACCACCUCUUUCAGAAAACGAUUAUUCGUUCUCGUUAGGCACGGAGGAAGGGCUUUCGGAUCUGUUCGAUUUCAAAUUUUAGAGAUAGUCACACAUCCUCAAGCAUCGUCACCGUGGACAGUACAUUCGCCUGUUCAGGCUACCACCUCUUGAGUUAGCCUCUCUAGUAUUUCAAGCGGCUAGAAAGAAUUUUAUUAAUUCGUGUGAUUGGCGCAUUCACGAAUCACGUAAUUGGCGAUUUUCAGUUGCUCCGUUGUUCAUUUCGUUUUUUCUUUUUAAUAACGAGGAGAGAUCGUGUCUCGGACAUUGCGUGAACGUGGGUCUCCGAGAAAACCGACGUUCAUUAGGAUGCCAAAGGGGGUUCGCAUCGAUACCGUACGAACAGAACAAACAACACAAUCAAAUAAUUAGCAACAAAUGAGAAAUCGCUGAAACGAGAGCAGCCGGCUUAGUGAAAUGAUUAUUCUGCCUGUUGAGUUCUGUUUCUGUGGGCACGCGGAAGUGUAAAUAAUACGGGAGUAUAGAUAGGACUUUAUGAUUUGUAACGAUUCGCGCGUAACGAUGUAAUACCGAAUAGUAUUUUGUCGAGGAUGUCUCGCGUCGAGGCGUUUUUUAAAAUCGCGGAUUCGUUUGAGCGGACGAUAUGUUAAAAAAGGGCGAUCUUCGCGCCCGCGACUAGUAUCGUGUCAGUCGCUUUCCGUUUGUAUUUUAUUUUAUUUUUUUUUUUUCUUUUUUUUUCUUUUCCGUUUGUCGAAAAUUCGACCUCUGCGGAUGGAAAGGACGGUACCGCGAGAAGCAGAGGAUGGAAAACAUAUCACACAGAACUGUGGACGCGGUACUCUCGAGUACUUCCGGCUUGAUAUGGUCGCGGCCGAUAUUGAGUUUCUCGAAUAAGUUUUGUGAAACGAUCUGGCGAAGCAAAGCCAUUUUUUCUGUGCAAUGUGUAAGGAUAUUGUAAAUGUGGUAAGAGGUAAAAAGAAAAGAAACGAAAGGAAGAAAGAACGAGAGAGAGAGAGAGAGAGAGUGAGAGAGAGAGAGAGAGAACACGUAUUUGAAAUUUCAAUGAGAAGAGAGACUGGACUCGUGUCGAGAAGAAAACUGCGGACGGUUUUCUUUUGUCGUUUAAUAUCGAAUUGUAAACACAAAAAAGCUAAUGAAGAAAACGAGGAAAGAAGAAAUUAGUAGAACUAGUAGUGCACGCGGAAAAUCAUUCAUCAAAAAUGUCCCUCCUAGUGUAAUGUUUCUAUCGACGUGAUAAUUACGAGAGAGAAGAGAAAGGACGCGCAUAAGACGGGGAAACGUUCGUUUCCGGACGGCGGGGCCCCCGCUCUUAUCACCGGGACUGAAUUCUUUUUUCUAAAUCGUGCUUAAGACGGGAGGACCGUCGUCCGGAAGAACAAAUAUGCAUUAUAAAUUUAUUAAACGCGAUCGAUGCAUAAGUAGGCUUAUCAAUUCUUUAUUUGUAAUAAAGGAAGGCGAACGAGAGCGGGCGGGAGAAGGAGAAGAGGGGGAGAAGGUGGAUAGCGGAGGAAAAUGCAAAAAAGUAAACGGCAGGAAGGCAUAGUUUUUAUUCUAUAUACUUUUGUAAUCUGUCGAGUUGUCUGGUAGAGAGAGAGAGAGAGAGAGAGAGAGAGAGAGAGAGGGAUUUCGUGCGGCUCGACAAUAUGCACGGCGGUAAUAAUGGACAAAUGCAUCCCUCGAUGCGGAUGACGAAGUUAAUCUAUUUGUGGCAAAGUUGUCAUCCAACACCGAUCCUAACUGUGUUAGUUUUGCUGCACAUCGUGUUGGUUCACUUUCUCGAUGUUCGUCGCGAACGAUGUCGGGAACGAUCUCGGGCGUUCAAGACGAAGAACAAAAAGAAAGGAAGAAAGGAAAACGAUCUUAGGCUGUAUCGUCGCAUGUAGACGCAUAUUUAAUUCUAAUUGUAACGAUCAACGUCUAAGAUUCAUAUUCAGGAUACAGUACUAUUCUGGACCUGACUUAAAAGCGUCUUUCUUAACGAAGAAAUUCCACAUCAGUGCGGCCUGAUUCCAGCUGCGUGGAAAACAGUCCGGAAGAAAAAUGAGUUCGCUAUCUCGACUGGCAGAAAAGCAUGUUAAAAAUAUCGUUCAGUGUUCCUGGAAGGAGUCAAGGCUGCAGUGGGUGGCAAUUGUUUCGACUGGAAGUCUCUUAAAGGAUGUACCCUAACGUACAACUUAGUGUACGUCCAAAGCCAUAGUGCCUACACAAUAAUGAUCACACCCUUCUGCAACUGUAAAUAAUACAAAUAUCUAUAUAUAUAUAUAUAUAUAUAUACAUACAUAUAUAUAUAUACAUAUAUAUAUAUAUAUAUAUAUAUAUAUAUAUAUAUAUAUAUAUAUAUACAAGUAAGGACGUGACGACCCCUAUGGAAGAAAGAGAGAGCGAGAGAGAAAGAGAGAGAGAGAGAGAGCGAGAGAGAGAGAGAAAGAAACAAAAGAAAACAGAGAUGCUGCAGACACCUCAUUAACGGUUAUCACAAGAUAUCGAUUAGUUAGUUUUAAUUAUAAUUAAUAUUAUUAUUGAAGCAUUACACGAGAAGAAUGUUAGUUUAUAAAUUCACUUAUUAUAUAUGUAUGUAUAUGUAAUAAGUACUACGUACAUUUUAUAGUUCUGUGAACGUUGUGCAGAAUAAUGUCGAUGCAAAGAUUACUUUUCAGCGGUCGCAUGCGAAACGGAUGCGGGGACAAUUUUCUUUCACACGGUUCGCGUGUGGUCGAUUUAAGGGUUGAAGAGAAUUCCGUCGCUUCAACGGUUAAAUCGACAAGAUACAAAUACUAUGAUUCACCUGUGCGGUGAAUUUUUUCGCCGCACAGAUAACGAGAAAGAACUUGCGUGCACUUUUAAAUGUCUGUUAAAUUUCUUUAACGUAGAUCUCAACGCGAUGCAUGUCUUCUUCGUGGUUUCGGAAUUUCGGUUUCGGAUCGCAUGUUAAUUAUACUGCACAGUGUUCACGCAGCACGUCUAUCUGCAACUGAGAGAGAGAGAGAGAGAGAGAGAGAGAGAGAGAGAGAGAGAGAGAUUGCGUAUUAGUUUCAUUUUCGUUUUCAAUUACUGGUGGCAUCGCACUUUUUUCAUACGCAUCGUGCAACGAGAGGGGAUAGACGCGAGGAGAGAGAACAGAAUGCGAGGACUAUGUGUGUGUACGAAUGGAUGAGUAUGUGAAAGAAAGCCAGCGAGAGAGAGCGAGAGAGAGAGAGAGAGAGGCGGAGAGAGUGUGGGGUAAUGAAUGAUAUUAAUGAUUGUCGAGUGUUAAUGGUCGGUGAUACCGAUCGCCGGCACACCAGUGAGAAGUUACAAUAUUUUCUACCUGAAUAUUUGCAAGGAUCUCGCAUAGCCUGAUACGUUUAGGGUUUUUAAUUAUAAAUAGUUAAUAUUCAUAACUCUGUUGAUGGAGUGAAGCAACACAUCAUGCGAUGACCACGCAAAGAAAAGAAGAGAAAAGGAAGGGGGGCAAAACUCUCCGCGUUUUCCGCCGUAUUCAGGCUCCGUGAGAUCUUUUUAUAAUAACUUAUCAUGAUGAUGGGCAGUCCAUCGUUUCGUUUUUAAUCCGAUAUUCGUGAAACCUUCUACCCGCGCUUCUGGCAGUCUGUCGAAUAGAGCGGUGCUUUUCGUAUUUUACACCGAAGACCUGGCGCGUACGAUUUUCCUUUUCGUGGUUCCACGCAGGGACUUUUCAUAAACAUUAUUACACUUAUUAACACGUGAUCGCGCGACAAAACAAAAACAUCGAAGAGUUAAAUUAUUAUUUCCGAAAGCAAACGCGCGCGACGAUCCGCGAUCGUUCGAAUAUAUAUAUAUAUAUA